AUGCAUUCUUUCAACUUCUGUCUCGACCAGAUGAACUUCUCCAACGCUUACGAGAAGAGAAAGAAGGAAAAUGUCCACAUUCAGUUGAAUAUCAAAUCUCAUUGUCUUUUUGACAAGAAACAAUUCCUCGACAACCUUGUUUUCGAUACAAAUAUCGUAUCAACAUACAACAAUACCUCGGAAUUGUUCGAUUUCAAGGCAAAAGGACAGAUUUCGGAUAUUAAACUUUACAUUAACCCUGAUUUCAUCUUUAUUAUCAACUCCUUCCUCCCAACCAUCAUGAAAAUCAUCACAAACGAGGAGUUCAUUAAGUCAUUUCGAAGAUUUGUCCAAACAAUCAAGAAAUUACUUAAUUUCAAACGAGAAACAAGCUUCAAACUUACUUAUGGAACAAUACAAACAGUUAUUGGUGAUGAAAACCUCGGUUUCGGAUUCAAUGCUUCAUUGACACCUUUUGUCAUUAAAGAAUCCCCUGAAACAGGUCAUAUUGUUAAGUUUGGAAUGAAAAAUGUUGAUUUAUAUUCAUUGUUGAACUUAACUGAGAAAUCUUAUACAAAAAUUGAGUCAAUUAAGACCAAAUUCACCAAGAACCUCAAUAUUAUACAAUCAAAGAACAUUACUGGUAAUUUAUCUCUAAGAAUCUAUGAUUUGGUCCGUCCAAUUUUGGAAACUAUUGAUGAACUCCGUAAAAUUGGAAAAGUGCCACUCGGAUUUCCAGAUAACAAGUAUAUGUGUAAGGUUGAGAACAUUGACGUGAAUUUCCUCGAUUACGGACACGAAAAUGUAAUUUUUGAUAUAAAAAUACCAAAAAUUUCAAUGAAUUUGGCCGGAUACACACGAGCAUUGGCUAUUCAUGUCCCUUCAAUUGUUUCCAACCAAGGAGAGAAGAAUAUUUUUGAGAUAUCAGAGUUAUUAUUCGCAUAUCGAAUGAAUGAGUCGCUGAAAAGUGUCGAAAUGAAGACAAAGGACUUCUACUACAAACUCCUGAAGGAACAGAUCCUCGAACCAUACGAAGAAGUCGACAUAAACAUUCCAUUGUUCAAAAUCAGUUACGACACACUGAAUUUCCACUUCGACAAAGACUUCAUUCCUCUCAUUAUGAACAACUUGCAGCCUCUCAAGAAGUACAUAAAGAAAAUUGAUGAUAUCCCUGCAAUCAUCAACGAAAUCUCCCAAAACAUCCAACAAAACUCUCAAAACAACUUGGAAAAACCUAGGGCUGUACAAGAUUUAAAAAAACAUUGCCGGGUUACCGUAGAGGCCUAA